AUGCUCUGUCCCUCACGCCACUCCUCUCCCCCCUUAGAUGCUCCGUCCCUCCCACCCCUUUCCUCCCCCCUCACAGGCUUUUCUGUCAAUGCAGCACUGACCACCAGCCAGCCCACCCGCUUUGCAGCAGAUGCUGCACUCACCACUGCUCCGCCCAUCGGCCCCACGGAGCUCGCCCUGAAAACCCCCUCCGCCACCAUCACCUACGACACCACCAUCUACGAGCGCCUGCCAUGCUUUGCUGCCGAUGCAGCACUCACCACAGCUCCGCCCAUCUCCCCCACGGAGCUCGCCCUGAAAACCCCCUCCGCCACCAUCACCUACGACACCACCAUCCACGAGCGCCUGCCGCCCGGCGACCCGUCCAAGCGUGCCUUCACCUACCUCGUCCUCACGGGCGGCCGAUUCAUCUACGCGUCUGCCCUCCGCCUGCUCGUGCUGAAAUUCAUUCUCAGUAUGAGCGCGAGCAAGGAUGUGCUUGCGUUGGCUUCGCUCGAAGUGGACCUUGGGAACAUCGAGCCUGGUAACACGGUUACCGUGAAGUGGCGCGGGAAGCCGGUGUUCAUCCGCCGCCGUACGCCUGCUGACGUGGCGAAGGCCAAUGACGUGAACCUCUCGGAGCUUCGGGACCCCGAGCCUGAUUCGGCCCGGGCGCCGAAUCCAGAGUGGCUGGUUGUGAUUGGCGUGUGCACACAUCUGGGGUGUGUGCCGCUGCCGAAUGCGGGGGAUUACGGCGGGUGGUUCUGCCCGUGCCACGGGUCGCACUAUGACAUCUCAGGGCGUAUUCGCAAAGGACCGGCUCCCACCAACCUGGAAGUGCCGACUUACAAGUUCUUGGAUGAAACCAAGAGCACCGCCAGUCUCCCGUCGUCGAAGCAGUCCGUGCGAUCCCCUGCUAUGUCGCGCAAGGCCUCCAACGACCCCGUGCGACGCCUCGUGACGACGGCCGAGUUCUCCAAGGUUCCCCAGGAGCCCAUGGGCCUGUACGACCCUGCAUUGGACAGCGACGCCUGUGGUGUCGGCUUCGUUGCCGAGCUCUCCAAAAUCCCCACGCGCAAGACUGUUGCCAAGGUGGAUGCUGGCGUGACUCUCCCGGCGCUGGGGGAGUACGGCGUGGGAAUGUGCUUCCUCCCCACGGAUAAGAAGCGCAGGAACCGCGGCAAGGAGGCGUUCAACAAGGUGGCGGAGGAGAUGGGGUGCAAGGUGCUGGGGUGGCGGCGCGUGUUAACGGACAACGCGGAUCUGGGCAAGGCGGCGCUGGACACGGAGCCCAUCGUGGAGCAGGUCUUCCUGCUCGUCAACAAGGACUCGCACCUCGAGGCCGAGCAGCAGAUGUGGCUGCUGCGCCGCACUGCCAUGAAGGCCGUUCGUGAGGCGCUCAACCUCAAGGUCGGCGGCACCCGCGACUUCUACAUUUGCUCGCUCUCCACCAGGACGAUUGUCUACAAGGGGCAGCUGAAGCCGGAGCAGCUGCAGGGCUACUACCACGCCGACCUCGACGACGCUCGCUUCACCUCUUACAUGGGCCUCGUGCACUCGCGGUUCUCAACGAACACUUUCCCGAGCUGGGAGCGCGCGCAGCCGAUGCGCAUUCUGGGGCACAACGGCGAGAUCAACACGCUGCAGGGCAACGUUAACUGGAUGCGCGCGCGCGAGGGGCUGAUGAAGUGUCCGGGGCUCGGCAUUUCCAAGGAGGAGCUGGACGCCGUGCUGCCCGUCAUCGACGCCAACUCGUCCGACUCGGGCGCGUUCGACGGCGUCCUCGAGAUGCUGGUGCGCGCCGGCCGCACGCUCCCCGAGGCGGUCAUGAUGAUGAUUCCCGAGGCGUGGCAGAACGACAAGAACAUGUACCCCGAGAAGAAGGCGCUCUAUGAGUACCUCUCCGCGCUCAUGGAGCCCUGGGAUGGGCCCGCCCUCAUCGCCUUUUCCGACGGGAAGUACGUGGGUGCGACUCUUGAUCGCAACGGUCUGCGUCCCGGCCGCUACUACGUGACGCACAGCGGCCGCGUCAUCAUGGCCAGCGAGGUGGGCGUCGUCGACGUGGACCCUGCUGACGUGGCGCGCAAGGGCCGCCUGAACCCCGGAAUGAUGCUAUUGGUGGACUUCGAGAAGCACGAGGUGGUGGACGACGAAGCGCUCAAGCGCCAAUACUCGAGCCAGCGCCCCUACGGCGAGUGGCUGGCCAAUCAGAAGCUGACACUCGGCGACAUCGUCGCGUCCGUCCCGGAGGCGGACCGCGUGCCGCCGCCGAUCGCGGGCGCGACGGAAGUCGAUCCCUCCGCUGAUAAGACGAUGGAGACGAUGGGUAUCAACGGGCUGACGACGCCGCUGAAGGCGUUCGGGUACACGAUCGAGGCUCUGGAGAUGCUGCUGCUGCCCAUGGCGCAGACGGGGUCCGAGGCGCUGGGAUCCAUGGGGAAUGACACUCCGCUGGCGUGCAUGUCCACGCGGCCCAAGCUCAUGUCGGAGUAUUUCAAGCAGCUCUUCGCGCAGGUCACCAACCCCCCCAUUGAUCCCAUCCGCGAGGCGGUUGUCACGUCGACCGAGUGCAUGGUGGGUCCGGAGGGGGAUCUGACGGAGACGACUGAGGAGCAGGCGCACAGGCUGUCGCUCAAGGGCCCGCUGCUGACGCCGGAGGAGACGGAGGCGAUGAAGAAGAUGGACCACCGCGGCUGGCGCACGGCCGUCGUGGAUAUCACGUUCGCCAGGAGCGAGGGGCCGGACGGGCUUGAAAAGGCGCUGGAUCGGAUCUGCGCUGAGGCGAGCCUGGCGAUCGAGGCUGGUUACAAGAUGCUCGUGCUGUCUGACCGAGCCACGUCCCCGACCCGCGUGCCCGUGAGCGCGCUCCUGGCCGUGGGCGCGGUGCACCAGCACCUGGUGCGCACGCUGCAGCGUACGCGGAUCGGCAUCGUGGUGGAGUCGGGCGAGCCCCGCGAGGUGCACCACUUCUGCACGCUCGUGGGGUUCGGCGCCGACGCCAUCUCGCCCUACGUCGCCACCGAGGCCAUCUGGCGCCUGCAGGUGGACGGCAAGAUCCCGCCCAAGGCGGACGGGUCGCUCCGCACCAAGGACGAGCUCAUUCGCACGUACUUCAACGCGAGCAACGCGGGUAUGCUCAAGGUGCUGGCGAAGAUGGGCAUUUCCACGCUGGCUUCGUACAAGGGCGCGCAGAUCUUCGAGGCCUUGGGGUUGUCGAGCGACGUGGUGGACCGGUGCUUCCGGGGCACGGCGAGCAGGAUUCAGGGCGUGUCGUUUGACAUUCUGGCGGCUGAUGCGAUCCGUAUGCACGACCAGGCGUUCCCGCUGGGGACUGAGAAGAACCUUGCGGAGGAUUCCGCGGAUGCUAUUGCGGUGCCGAACCCUGGGGAUUACCAUUACAGGAAGGGUGGGGAAGUGCAUUUGAACGAUCCGGUGGCGAUCUCGCGGCUGCAGGAGGCCGCGCGGACGAAUAGCCCGGCGGCUUAUAAGGAGUAUGCGGCGAUUACGAACACGCUGAACCAGCAGUGCAACCUGCGCGGCAUGCUGAAGUUCAAGCCGGCGCCAGGUGGCGCGAUACCAUUGGAGGAGGUGGAGCCGGCGAGCGAGAUUGUGAAGCGGUUCUGCACGGGAGCCAUGAGCUACGGGUCUAUCUCUCUUGAGGCGCAUCAGAGCCUGGCGAUUGCUAUGAAUACGAUUGGAGGGAAGUCGAACACGGGCGAGGGAGGCGAGAACCCGUCCCGGCUGGUCCCUAACCCGGACGGGAGUAACAAUAUCCUCAGGUCGUCGAUUAAGCAGAUUGCGAGCGGGCGGUUUGGCGUGUCGGCGUAUUACCUGACGAACGCGGACGAGCUGCAGAUUAAAAUGGCUCAGGGCGCGAAGCCCGGAGAGGGAGGCGAGCUGCCCGGGCACAAGGUGAUCGGGGAUAUUGCCAUCACGAGGAACAGCACGCCGGGAGUGGGGCUCAUCAGCCCGCCGCCCCACCACGACAUCUACUCCAUUGAAGAUCUGGCGCAGCUCAUUUACGAUCUCAAGAACUCCAACCCGGGUGCGCGUGUGAGCGUGAAGCUGGUGUCCAAGGCGGGUGUGGGAGUGAUUGCAAGCGGAGUGGUGAAGGGCCAUGCGGACCAUGUGCUCAUCUCGGGCCACGACGGCGGCACCGGUGCGUCCCGCUGGACCGGCAUCAAGUCCGCCGGCCUCCCCUGGGAGCUCGGCAUCGCCGAGACCCACCAGACGCUCGUGGCCAAUGACCUGCGCGGCAGGACUGUGCUGCAGGCGGACGGGCAGAUGAAGACCGGAAAGGAUAUCACAGUCGCGGCGCUGCUCGGUGCUGAGGAGUUUGGGUUUUCGACCGCGCCGCUGAUUACCCUUGGGUGUAUUAUGAUGAGGAAGUGCCAUAAGAAUGUGUGCCCGGUCGGGAUUGCGACCCAGGACCCGGUGCUUCGCGCGAAGUUUUCCGGGCAGCCGGAGCACGUGAUCAACUAUUUCUUCAUGGUGGCGGAGGAGGCGCGCGAGUACAUGGCGCAGAUGGGCUUUAAGACCAUGGACGAGAUGAUCGGCCGCGCCGACAUGCUGGAGCAGGACAUGGAGCUCUGUAACUCCAACCCCAAGCUGCACAACAUCGACCUCUCCGUGCUGCUCACCCCCGCCGCCACCCUCCGCCCGGGGGCGGCCCAGCGGUGCGUGCAGAAGCAGGACCAUGCUCUCGAGCUGGCGCUCGACCAGAAGCUGAUUCAGCUUGCGCAGCCCGCGAUCACGCAGAAGAUUCCGGUGUUUGCCGAGGUGCCGAUUGUGAAUGUGAACCGCGCCGUGGGGACCAUGCUGUCGCACGAGGUCACCAAGGUGCAUCGCCUGGAGGGCCUCCCUGCUGAUAUGAUCCAUUUCAAGCUCACGGGCAGCGCUGGGCAGAGCUUCGGCGCGUUUACCUGCAAGGGGCUGACUCUGGAGCUGGAGGGGGAUAGCAAUGAUUAUGUGGGCAAGGGGCUGUCUGGCGGGAAGCUGAUUAUCUACCCGCCCGCCGCGUCGACGUUUGAUCCCAAGGAGAAUAUCAUCAUUGGGAAUGUGGCGCUGUAUGGUGCUACGUCUGGCGAGGCGUAUUUCUGCGGUAUGGCUGCGGAGCGGUUUGCAGUGAGGAAUUCUGGAGCUAGGGCGGUUGUUGAGGGUGUGGGGGACCACGGGUGCGAGUACAUGACGGGCGGCACAGUGGUGAUUCUGGGCGGCACUGGGAAGAACUUCGCCGCGGGAAUGAGCGGCGGGACGGCGUACAUCCUCGACCGGGAGGGAGACUUCCACAAGAGAUGCAACACAGGGCUUGUCGACCUCGACCCUGUAGUGGAAGAGGCAGACGUGCUGCUGCUGCGCUCCAUGAUUCAGCAGCACCAGAGGUAUACCAAGAGCAAGCUGGCAGGCGAGGUGCUGGCGGAGUUUGAGGAGCUGCUGCCCAAGUUCGUGAAGGUGUUCCCGAGGGACUUUAAGAGGGUGCUGGAGGAGGAGAGGGUGAAGCGGGAGAAGGAGGCGGCGGCGCUCAAGGAGAAGGACGCGUUCGAGGAGCUCAAGAAGCUGGCGGCCGCGAGUGGAGGGGAGGUCAACGGGUCCGCUGCUGUGGUACCCCCCAAGCGCCCCACGCGCCUCCCCACGCCCGUCAAGUUCGGGGGGUUCAUGAAGUACGAGCGCGAGCCGCUGCCUUACCGCCCGGCUGAGGAGCGCCUCACUGACUGGGGCGAGGUGCUGGCCUCCGACCCCGGCCGCCCCGAGCUCCUCAAGACCCAGUCCGCCCGCUGCAUGGACUGCGGCACGCCCUUCUGUAACCAGGACAAGUCGGGGUGCCCGCUGGGGAACAAGAUUCCCGAGUUCAAUGAGUUGGUGUACCAGGGCCGGUGGAAGGAGGCGCUGGAUCGGUUGCUCGAGACGAAUAACUUUCCUGAGUUUACGGGGCGGGUGUGCCCUGCGCCGUGCGAGGGCGCAUGCGUGCUGGGGAUUAUUGAGAACCCCGUGUCGAUUAAGACGAUGGAGCUGAGCAUCAUUGACAAGGCGUAUGAGAUGGGAUGGAUGGUGCCCCGCCCGCCUGCCAAGCGCACUGGCAAGAAGGUGGCGGUGAUUGGCAGUGGCCCCGCCGGUCUGGCCGCGGCCGACCAGCUGAACAAGCGCGGGCACACGGUGACGGUGUACGAGCGGGCGGACCGCAUCGGAGGGCUGAUGAUGUAUGGCGUGCCCAACAUGAAGACGGACAAGACCCAUGUGGUGCAGCGCCGUGUGGACCUCAUGGCCGCCGAGGGCAUCACCUUCGUCACCAAUGCACAUGUGGGCGUGGACGAGCAGUACAGCCUGGACAAGCUCCGAGCAGACACUGAUGCUAUGCUGCUUGCCUGCGGGUCGACCAAGCCAAGGGAUCUGCCUGUCCCCGGGCGCGAGCUCAAGGGCGUGCAUUUCGCGAUGGAUUUCCUAUCGGCGAACACCAAGUCGCUGCUGGACAGCGGGCUGAAGGAUGGGAGGUUUAUCUCGGCGGAGGGCAAGAAGGUGGUGGUGAUUGGUGGGGGUGACACGGGCACGGACUGCAUUGGGACCAGUCUGAGGCACGGGUGUGAGUCGCUGGUGAAUCUAGAGUUGCUGCCGCAGCCGCCGCCGUCCCGCGCUGAUGGCAACCCCUGGCCGCAGGCCAGGUGUCCUCGCUCUCACAACCACCCCUUGCCACCCCUUUCCACCCCUCACCUCCACCUCUUCACCCCUCCCUCCCGCCAGUGGCCGCGCAUCUUCCGCGUGGACUAUGGCCACGAGGAGGCCAAGACCAAGUUCGGGGCGGAUCCCCGCUCCUACGAGGUUCUCACCAAGCGCUUCAUCGGUAACGAUGCGGGUGAACUGACGGGCAUCGAGACAGUGCGCGUGCAGUGGGCGAAGGACGCUUCUGGGCGGUUCCAGAUGAGCGAGGUGGCCGGGUCCGAGGAGGUGAUCCCUGUCGACCUCGCUCUGCUCGCCAUGGGCUUCCUGGGUCCCGAGCAGGCAACCGCUUACCUUACCCCCUCCGUCUCCUGGGUGCAGAACGUGGCGGAGAAGCUGGGGCUCAAGACGGACGCGAGGAGCAACUUCCAGGCGGACUAUGGGCAGUUUGCCACCAACCUGGAGGGCGUCUUUGCUGCCGGCGACUGCCGUCGCGGACAGUCUCUGGUGGUGUGGGCUAUCGCGGAGGGCCGUGGCGCAGCGGCGAACAUCGACGCAUAUGUGAUGCGCGGAGAGGAGGUGGACAUGGCACCGGAAGAGAGGGAGCUCGUGGAGGUGGCUGCCAGGGCUGUUGUUGCUGUGGACGCUGCUGAGCGGAGCGCUGCCACCAAUGGCAGUGCCACUAACGGGAGUGCCACUAAUGGAAGUGCUACAAAUGGCAGUGCCACGAAGGGGAGAGCGUUCCCAGAGGGCGUGGAGCAGGCACGCGUGGAAGCAGUUGAUGCGUGUCUGAUGGUGGAGGGAGAGGACGACACGGAGCACAUUGAAGCGUGUGUGGAGAAGAGUGUUGAGGCUGCUGCCUUAGGGGAUGGUACCCCUGUGUCAGAGCAAAGCUAUUAG